AUGUCAAGUAAGCGUAAUUAUCGCAAAAAAAGCAAAUCUGAAGACAACCAAGAAAAUGAAAAUAUAACAGAAAAAGACGAUGUCUCAGACGAAGUGAGUGAAACAAUCGAAGAACUUAUUGAACUCCGCAAAUUUCGUCGAAGACAUCAGGGCAUAGAUGCUGAAAAGCUAAUGAAGGGAGAAACUAGAGCUAAAAAAAAGAAAAAAGAUGAAGAUCCAUGGAAAUUGACUACUGGUGGAAUUGUCGACUUGGAAGCUGUGAGAGCAGCUGAAAAGAUGGCAUAUAUAGAAGAAGAGAUGCGUAAACGGAGGGGACAAAUUUCCGUUUCGAAAAAUGAUGUGGAAGACGCUGAACAAACAGAUCCCUUAAACCCCCAAGAUGAACUAUUUCAAGCUCCUGAUCAUUUACGAAUCGAAAGCAGACCGAUAUCAGAAGGAAACGUUCAAUUAUCAACCACUAUGCUUACCGCUAUACCUGAAGUCGAUCUUGGAAUAGAUGUGCGAUUGAAGAAUAUUGAAGAAACUGAAAAGGCAAAGCGCAAACUAUUAGAACAGAGACAUCAGAAACCUAAAGAGGAAGAUGAUACUUUUGAAGGAUCAAAUUUCUCAGCGACUAAUAGAUUUUAUCGCACUCGUUCGACGGUCAGCGAUCAUGAACGAAAUCAACAAGAACAAUUAAAUCAACCUCAUUAUAAAGCUGGACAACGUAGAGAAAUGGCCACAGAUGAUAUAGUUGCUGAAAGGUUUAAAAAACGUUUACGCAGAUGA